AGUAAGCCUUUACUUUACUUUAAAGACUUCUUUCACUUUUGGACACUGAGGAAACACAGGAAGUUGAAAGAAAGUGGUUUUACGAGGAUUUUUAAAGAACCCUAUGCAGGGAUGGCCAGCUCUUUCCACAUGAGAUCGGCAGAUCUCAUAAAGAAGGAGCCGCUGGACUCUGGAGGAUUUGGAGAAGUUUACUUGUGCUACCAUGCGACCCUCGGCCAGGUGGUGAUGAAGACUCUGUAUACAGGUCCUCUCAGGAGCGAAGAUAGUAAAAAGUCGCUCCUGGAAGAGGGGAACAUCAUGGCAAGUCUGAACCACGAGCGCGUUGUCAAGUUGCUGGGUGUGAUUAUGGAGGACAGAGACUGCUCUCUGGUCAUGGAACUUCUUCCCAGAGGAAACCUGCUGUUGAUGUUGGAGAGGGUAAGCGUGCCAAUUUCCAUCAAGGGAAGAAUCAUCUUAGAGAUUUUAGAAGGAAUGGUGUACCUCACAGAGAGGCAUGUCGUACACAAGGACAUCAAACCAGAAAACAUUUUAGUGGAUAAGGAUUUUCACAUCAAGAUUGCAGACCUUGGCCUGGCCACCUGCAAGACAUGGAGCAAACUCACAAGACAAGAGUCUCGGAGGAAGAGUCGCGGGGGGCAAACAGCCGGGGCGAGGGGUGCUGGCACACUGAGCUACAUGGCCCCGGAGCACCUGGAGAGUAUACAUGCACCCUCCACCGAGAAGUCCGAUGUGUACAGCUUUGCAAUCGUGGUUUGGGUCAUCCUCACGGGGCAGGAACCCUAUGCAAAUGCCAGGAGUGAAGACCAAAUGAGCCAGUGUGUUCGCAAUGGUGACCGACCAGAAGAGGACCUCAUUCCAGAAGAUACGCCCAUGGAGAUAAUUCAACUCAUGAAGAGAUGCUGGGACCAAAAUCCUGAACGACGCCCGUCAUUUAAAGAAGCUUACAGCUGCUUUCUUCCCUUCUACCGGGAGAAGCUUGAUCCAUGUGUAGAAAAAGAUUUAUGUGCUCUCAGGAGCCACUAUGAAGGCCCAGAUGAACUCAUUGAGAAGAUGAAAUCAUUGUCAGUGACCAAUGAAUGUUUUUUGGCAAGUGAGCAUGAUUGUCCCGCUCCUUUGCUGAGUUCAGAUAGAGGUGUCCCUAUGCCAGUUGAAGCCAGUAUCGAGGACCUGCAUGACAUCCAGCAUGAUACAUCUAGAGAUUGUGUUCAGACAGACGCCAGGGCACAUAAUAACCACUCAAGUGUGCAGGACAAACUGGAUCGGGAGCUUCAGUACCACAAACAUGGCAGUUAUAAUCGUGAAAUCCCGCCUGACGUGGCCAGCGUGUAUCAUACCAGCACCUCAAAUCCUUUCCUGCCAAUAAGGCAGCCAGCACAAGACAGGUCCUCUGUCCAAAUCUGGGAUAAAGCUGAGCCAGUGCAGCCCAUCAGCCAGGGGGAGCCUUCGUAUUGGCCCAACCCUGGGCUAGUAACACCCACUCCGUCCUAUUUGGCUACGUCUGUCAGCGCCCCUUCAUUUCCUCAGUUUAACCAGCAACAGCCGCAGUCCCAGAUAUACCGCCAACAGUCUUGCCCAGUCCCUGAUACCCUUGGCCCGGACUUAAAUACUGGGGGUCUUUUUGCUCCUUCUUGCUCAACCCAGGACACAGGGUCUCUUUACAUUCAGAAUGCCAGCGGGAUCCAGAUCGGUAGCAACAACAAAAUGAGCAUAAUAGGUUAUGACAAGGGUCCUGGCUCAUUAUGUCCAUCUGGUAACAGCGCAGCUGUCUCCUCCAUGCAAGAAGCCAUCCUUAAAUAUGAGGACCAUGCCGUCAAAGAGGAGCACCUGGACCUGCUGAGGGAAAAUAUUGGGUCCAGUUGGAAAAUAUGUGCACGAAACCUGGGUCUGAGCAAUGUGGAGAUAGAAAUCAUAGAGCACGACUACUGCCGCGAUGGCCUGCCGGAGAUAGUGCACCAGAUGUUGGAGCGCUGGAAAAUGAAGGAGGGGUUCAUUGGCUGCACAAUCGGCAAGCUUUGUCGAGCUCUGAAAGGAAUCAUUAAGGUAGAAGUCAUCCAGAAAAUACUGGACACGUGCAGUUUUUCUACCAUGGAGACAUAAACUUUUACAGUAUUGCAGAUUUGGUUUAUUCAGUUUGAGCCAUCAAAUAGAAAAUCCAGCUGUGCGACCUUUAUCCGUUGGUUGUGUUUUUUAUAUGUUUUUAGAAAUAAUAUAUUGUUUGUGCUUAAUAAUUAUGGUGAUUAUUGUCAGAAGAUUUUUAAUAACUGAGCACCAUGAUUGAUUCAAUUUCUUUUUUUUCUUUUCUUUUUUUUAAAGCUUAUAUAGUAUUUUUAAAGGAUUUCUGGACUUUUUCUCCCAAUCUGCUCUUGAUCAGCAGAAGACAUGGUCAGGGUUACAUUUUUAUAUUCUUGUCAUUUAAGAAUCAUUGUUGUAAUUUGUGUUAUGUUAAUAAUACUCUGCAUGAUUAGUUUUUCAUACCAUCACAACAAAUGCUUUGAGCCAAAUCCAAAAUUAUUGCGAAACUAAUAUAUUGCUCAAAAAAUAUUAACGAAACACCAAGUAGCAACAUUUCAACUUCCAGGUUGAAGCCUAUGGAGGACCAAAACUGACAUAAUUAAAAAUAAAAGCAGAAAUAUAUAUAUAUUUAGUUUUUCGCAAAGAAAUGUAUAUACAUAUAUGUCCUGCUCCUUCCUGUUUAUUGACCAAUAGUAGAGAAGGUGGACCAAGAAGGGCAGCCCUCCUCAUUUGGAUAGUGAGGCAGAAAUGCAUAAGGUAAAGUAAAAAGAGGAGACGAGGGAAUGUAAAAAACAACAUUUAUAAAUUUCUUUGCGAAAAUGCACUUUUCUUUGUGAAAAACAAAAUACAGCUAUAUAUAUUUCUGCUUUUAUUUUUAUUUAUGUCAGUUUUGGUCCUACGUGGAAGCCAACUUGGAACAAAGAAAAGUAGCAGUUCCUUGACUGACCACUAGGGCCUGGUUCCAAAACUGAACUGAAAAAUGAAAUGUCCGUUAAAAUGUCCAACUUUGCAGCAGAAACAAAUUUACUGUCUGGUUCAAAAAACAAUUUUGAUCCUCAUAGCUAUAUUUCACAUCCAUCACUGUACGUGGGGUGAACUUUUUGUACUACAUCAGGUAGAAUUAUACAAAGCAAAAAAUGUAUAUAAUUGUUUGGGGGUGUGGUUUUUUAUAAUUAACAGAAGGUUUAGCCAAUGGCUAGCUGUCCUCGCAAUAGCUACUUGGUGCUUAGAACUGUAUUGACUUCAGAGCAUAGCAUUUUUAGUUAUUUUCUGAUAUGUGUUUUUAUAUGUAUUUGGGGGGGUGUAUAGACAAUAGUUCUAAGCACUAUAUUUUUGAUAAGAACUUUGUCAGGUAUUGAUUUUUUUAAAUUUGUGAUCUUAAAAAAGAGGCCAUCAGGUACAGAUACAUGUGUUAAUAUCCAUCCUUUGGAGAAAAAAAAGAAGAAAAACCCACAAUGGUUGAUUAAAAUAUCUUGAAUGAUUGUGCGAUCUGAGCCUGAUAUACCUUCACCUUGGAGUUCACCUAGAAUCACUUUUCAUCUUUUCUGGGAGUACCAAAUAACUUGUCAAGGUUAGUUUCAUUCUUUUGACUCUUAAAAAUAUAAAUCAUUGAACGUGAAUGUGUCAACUUUGAGUAAAAUAUCAUGUAUUAUUACUUUUGUUGAUCUUUUAUUUCUUUAAUAGGAGGGUAUAAACUCAUUUGUCCACAUCUGUAUGUGAAUAGUUUCUCUUGUUUUAUGAAUGACUGUUGCUUGUUCUAAUAUUCAUUGUAGAACUUACUGCAACAAUGCCAAAUCGUCAAACACAUUUUUCUUUCUGUAAAAUAUCAAGUAUUUUGUAUUACUAGCUGUUUUUUCUCAGCAUCUAAAAUUUGUCAUGUACGUGUGUUCAUGUGCCUUUCAGACUAUAGAAAUUGAGCAGCAACAUGCUACUUGACUGAUAAAUGUGUGUUCUUCACCUCAAACUUGGAGCAUCAGUAACUAUGACCUUCUGGAAAGUAAUUUUGAUAUUCACAAUAAAUGCUGUACCUAUGUUUUAAAAUUC